ACUAGAGUAAUUAAUCAAUUAUCGGACUAAUCAAACUUCGGACAGUUAUAUUUUGAAAACUAAACAUGAUUUUCCAGUAAUUUUUGCACUAGAUAUAGAUCAUCACAAUAUCUGUUUGCAUGGUAAAAAUCAAAGCAUUACCUUCUUUCUUUGUAAAGAUAUAAUUUGCUAAACACACUUAGUAGAUUCACACAAUAAUCGGCCGUGUUAACUCCAUUUUCGUCACUUAGCCACAACGAAGCAAGCUUUGUUCGAAGAAUAGUUUUGUACCACCAGAACUUUAGUACUGACUGUCUUCUUCAAAUACCACUGUAAACAUCUUGGUCAUCUUUGCUUACUGUUCAGGUAUUAUACCUUUUUAGUUAAUUAUCAUUAUCGGUCACACCCAUCUUCAUUAAUUGCUGCAACAAAGCACGAGGCUCCUUGUUUAUAUUUUUGUUUGGACUCAUUGAAUCUCUCAGCUGCCUUUUCCUAUCAUAAAUACUACCUCUAUUGAAUAUGGCGACACGCCCAUGUACAUACUCUACAUGGCCUGAAAUAAGCAUGACGAAUGCUAUCAAAGCAGUUGAAGAAGAGGGGUUGACAGUUAGACUUGCAGCGGAGCUAUAUGGCAUUCCCAAAUCAACACUUUAUGACAGGAUCAGGGGAAAUGUUCAACAUGGAACUAAACCUGGCCCAGUGCCGUAUCUUACAAAAGAAGAAGAGGUUAUUUUGGCUAAGUUUUUAAUCAAAUGUUCUCAGAUUGGAUUUCCCCGCACAGUUUCAGAAGUUCUUGCACUAGUAAGACAAACAAUUCAGUCAAAGGGUUUAAGUGACGUCUCAAUUUCUUAUGGAUGGUGGCAGAAAUUUUGUAGCAGGCACAGUGAAUUAUCACUUCGUACUGCUGUGCCUUUAAGUCUUUCGAGAGCCAUGGCCACUGAUAAUAGUGUCAUACAAAAGUAUUUUGAUAUACUUGAAGACACACUUAAAGAAAAUUCUCUAUUCAACAAUCCAACUCGCAUAUUCAACUGUGAUGAAACAGGACUCCCAUUGAAUCCUAAAUCUUUGAAAGUUGUGAGUGGUCGUGGAGCUAAGAAUGUCAGUCAAAUCACUGGAGAAGGGAAGUCUCAAAUCACAGUUCUGGCAUGCACUUGUGCAGCUGGAGUACCGUUGCCUCCAUUUGUAAUAUUUGAUCGUAAGACCUUUAAUGAUCAGCUAAUGGUAGGAGAAAUACCAGGUACACUUUACGGCUCAUCUCCAAAUGGAUGGAUCAGUAGAGAGCUGUUUUUGUACUGGUUUCGUAAGCUGUUUUUAACAAGUGUUCCUAGGGUACGUCCUCUCCUUCUCCUGAUGGAUGGUCAUUCUACUCAUUAUGGUCCUGACCUUAUCAAGAUAGCAGCUGAAGAGCAAAUUUUAAUAUUUGUAUUGCCACCCAAUACCACUCAUUUAACACAGCCACUUGACAAAGGGUGUUUUGGGCCAUUAAAAACUGCUUGGAAGGCUGUGUGUCAUGAGUUCUGCACUAAAAACCCUGGUCGUGUGGUAACCAGAUACGAUUUCUCUGUAUUAUUUGCUGAUGCAUGGAGAAGGUCAAUGACACAGAGAAACAUUGCAAGUGGCUUUGAAGUAACCGGCAUAUGUCCUUUCAACAGAAAUGCUAUUAAAACUGGCAAUGACAAGCAAGAAACCAUCAGCCGUUCACUGUUAGACCAGACUGGUCUAGCAUACAUACCGCUCUAUAGUCCAGACAUAAAGAGAACGAGGGAUCAUGAUUCUUCAUUCAAUUCUAGUCUCUUGGAGAGAUCACUUUCAGAGAAUGAUUUAUCGCAAGCUGUCACUCCAAUGCGAAGAGUAAUGCCUAUAGAGUCUUUUCUGAAAACUCAUAGUCAUCCCAAGUAUUGA